UUUCAAACAAUGUGCCUACUGAUUACUUUGUUUGGCAGAAUGCUACCAAGUGUCUUAUCAGAGUUUUCCAGCAGAUUGGCCCAGAUUCAACUGCAUUGUAUGUUCUGCCAAAACUAAAGGAGUUAUUCGACGAGUUUGCUUUUUCUCAGAAGAACACAUAUUCUGUUAAUUUGACUGGGAACAUGUCAGGGUCUAAAGUGAAAGUGGGUGAGGAAGAUUGCAUUGAAAACCGAAUGGACUUGGUGUGAGUCUCUGUCUCCUUCUAAUAAAUUGUUGAUUAAAGAUGCCGAUGCGUAAGCUUAGAUACAAGUAUAAGAAAGUGACUCUCGGCAGGUUACUUUUAUAUCCUCAAUUUGCUUCUCUCUUGGAAUAGAGAGACUCUGCCAGUGUUGUGCUACAUGGUUGCUCAUUGAGCAGUUCCUUUUACGACAUCAUAAUUGGAGGUGGGAAUGUGCAGGGGAUUCCUAUCGAAGUGUUCCAGAUAUCCCAAGUGGUAGAAGACUCUCUUAGAAGGGCUCAGCAUCUGAAAAUACAUCUGCUAAACUCUUACUCAAUGGGGUUGGAUGGUCAAGACCACAAUCACAUGGUAAAAAGAGUACCAAAACCAUCACACCGAGUAAAAGUAUGUAUGAGUUGUACCAGAAUCCGGCUGAGAGGAUUGGAACAACUUCAAGUUUAGGAGUGCAGGAACCUUGGUAUUGGUUUCCUAGUCCUGCAUCUAAUUGGAAUGGGCUUGAUUUUGCAACUCGUGCUGGAGGUCUGAAGGUUGAACUUCCAUGGAAAAUCAGAGCAUCUAUCGUACAAUCUGUUCGUGCACAUCAUGGAGCUCUGAGAUCUUUUGUUGUUUGUCAGAAUGAGUAUACUGUUUUCACAGCAGGAGUUGGGCCAGGAUUCAAGGGAAAUAUUCAGAAGUGGGAUUUGUCAAGGGUGGACUGCAUGUCAAGCUAUAAUGGUCAUGAUGAGGUUGUAAAUGACAUUUUUGAUUUGGCAUCCUCUGGACGUGUAGCUUCUUGUGAUGGAAUAGUACAUAUAUGGAAUGGACAGACUGGAAGACUGAUUUCCAUGUUCUCUGAACGGUCUUUGGCAUCCUCGACACAAUUGGCAGAAAGAUAUGAAGAUAACAUGCUUCAUUUUAAUCCAUUACCAAGUGGAAUGCUAAGUAGUGCUUUUCACGGGAAUUCUUACACUACUAUGGACUUUCUGGGGUUCAGUGAUAGACUUAUUGUGGGUACUGGAAAUGGAUCUCUAAGAUUCAUUGAUGUCAAUCAAGGUCAGAAACUUCAUCUAUGGAGGAGUGAAUCUGUUGAUUCUGGUUUCCCUCCCCUUAUAUCAUCCAUUUACUUGUCUAGCUCUAAUAGAAUGUCUCCCGAGGAAAGUAUGGCAUUUCCGUCGUGGAUUGCGGCUGCGUCCAGCACUGGGCAAUGUAGGUUGUUUGACUUGAGAAGUGGAAAGAUUAUUUCUUCAUGGCAGGCUCAUGAUGGAUAUGUGACAGAGUUGGCUGCAACUGCAGAUUAUCAGCUUGUUUCUAGUUCUCGAAUAUGGGAUUUGAGAAGGAAUUGGAGCGCGGAACAGAGAGUAUUCAGAGGAUACAGCGACGGGGUUUCUGGUUUCUCUGUGUGGGGGCAAAACAUAAUCUCAAUAUGUAGAAAUAAAAUCGGCCUUUCUUCUUUACAAAGCCCGGCCGAUGAAGAUGGGCAGUAUCGUGCGAGCCUUCAGCAUGUGUACAUGGCAGAUGAGGAACCAAAGAAUGCAUCGGUUCUGUCCGCAAUUACUAUUCUUCCCUUUUCGCUCCUUUUUCUUCUAGGAACAGAAGACGGCUAUUUGAAAAUUUGUUGUUAGUACC